GACGAAGUCCAUGUGAACACAAUGCCAUGUGACUAUUUUCCAGGUUUACCUGCCGGCACUGCAUACGACAAACUGCGAACCGAAUCGUGCGGGAUCGUCAGGUGCUGACCCUGGCAGCAGUGUCGGCCAUGCUGCUCUCGUUCAGGCUAUGGAUGCUACAUGGGAACUUGCCUGAGUUUUCCGAGAUGGACAACCCAGCUUCGUUCUCCAGGGUGUUUUCGACGAGGUUACUGACGUACAGCUACCUGUGCGCCUUCAACGCCUGGCUUGUCAUCUGCCCGUGCACGUUGUCGUACGAUUGGCAGAUGGGCAGCAUCCCCCUUGUGGAGUCACCAUAUGACCCUAGGAACCUGGCAACCAUGGCACUGCUGGCAACGCUGGUAGCACUCGCCUGGCGGUCGUUAGUCGCUCCACACAUGAGAAGAGACGAUUGCCGGAGAAUUGCCGAGAAAGACGGCUGCAUAGCUGAAGAAGUCUGCGGUGAACCCUGCCCUGGUCGCCUGUUGCCCCUGCUGCUCGCCGUGCUGCCUUUUCUGCCGGCGUCGAACCUGUUCGUAUCCGUUGGCUUCGUGGUUGCAGAGCGGGUGCUUUACAUCCCCAGGAGCUUCAUCGUCUAG